AUGAUGAUAGGGUUAGGGUUACGGCUCGACAGACCAACCGACAGAUCAAUUGAUUGAUUGAUUAAAUUAUGAACUAAUAUUUUCUCUCUUCCUGUUUCAGUGAGCAGAGUAUCUGCCAGGCGCGAGCUUCCGUCAUGGUCUAUGAUGACAGUAGUAAGAAGUGGGUUCCCAUCAAGCCAGGCCAGCAGGGCUUCAGCCGCAUCAACAUCUACCACAACACUAGCAACAACACCUUCCGCGUGGUGGGAGUCAAACUACAGGACCAGCAGGUAGAGGUACACACACACAAACACACACACACACACACACACACUGAUCUGAAAUGGCCAUGAAGGUAACCAUUGACUCUCUCCAUCUCUCAACCCCCCCUCCCCCCGUCUCCAGGUGGUAAUCAACUAUUCCAUAGUGAAGGGGCUGAAGUAUAACCAGGCCACGCCCACCUUCCACCAGUGGCGUGAUGCCCGCCAGGUCUACGGACUCAACUUCGCCAGCAAGGAGGAAGCCACCACCUUCUCCAAUGCCAUGCUCUUCGCUCUCAAUGUCCUCAGCACUCAGGACGGAGGUGAGAGAGAGAGUGUGUGA